AGCAGCUUAGAAUAGCUUGUUCAAAAAUUCAGUGUACAUGUGCUGCUGAGCUGCCCAAUUUAAAGUGCCUGUUGUCGCAGGGCCGUCACUGCCUGGCCAUGCGCGAGAUGAGGCGUGCAGUGAUAGACAGGAGGCAGCAGCAUCCUUAGCACCGUUUCUGGAUCAGCACAGCCCACACCACCACGUUUUGGCACUGGAUUAAUGUGAAAGAAAGCGUUUCUAAAUGGGGACCGCACUGCUGACGCGAUGAAAGUGUGCAGAGGAGUGAAUGCCCCAUGUUGUGUUAGUGCCUGUCUGCCAUGCUGGCCUGUCUGCCAGGACCAGGCGACCUCUCCUUUCAGCUUCUUUCUUACACGCAGAUGAACACUGGACUUCAGAAAUGGGACACUACACAGAAAAUGAGAUCUGCACAGUAUCCUACCCCAGCAGAAUUGGAUGCUUAUGCUAAGAAGGUCGCCAACAAUCCACUGACUAUAAAAAUCUUUCCAAACAGCGUCAAGGUUCCCCAGAGGAAACACAUACGCCGUACUGUGAACGGACUCGAUACUUCGGGCCAGAGGUACAGCCCCUACCCAUCUCAGGCCACCACGAAAACGGGCCUGCUGGCCAUAGUCAAAUCCCCAGCGAAAGGAAUCAUCAAGGACUUUGACGGGACGCGGGCGCGCCUGCUGCCGGAGGCAAUGAUGAACCCCCCCUCCACGCCGUACGUUGCACCAAGCACUUUAUCCCACCCCCAGGCGCUCGCUCGCCAGCAGGCUCUCCAGCAUGCACAGACUUUGCCGCACCCCCAGAGCAUCCCGCAGCACCCUCAGGGUAUUCCACAGCCACCCAGCUUACCGCACCCUCAGGGGAUCCCGCAGGCGCUGCCGCACCCGCAGAACAUGCAGCAGCCGCAGGGCUUGCAGCACCCUCAGACCAUGGCACACCAGACCCUGCAGCACCCCCCGAACCCGCUGCUGCAGCCGGGUUUACAUGGAGGCAGAAAGAUGCCGGAUGCAGACGCGCCGCCGAAUGUGACCGUGUCUACCUCAACCAUUCCCCUCUCUAUGGCUGCCACCCUGCAGCAGAACCAGCCACCGGACCUGAGCAGCAUUGUGCACCAGAUUAACCAGUUCUGCCAGGCCAGAGCUGGCAUUAGCACUACCUCAGUGUGUGAGGGACAGAUUGCAAACCCCAGCCCUAUAAGUCGCAACCUGCUUAUCAAUGCAAGUACCAGGGUAUCUACUCACAAUGUCCCUACACCCAUGCCUUCCUGUGUAGUAAACCCUGUCGACCAUGCUGCUGCUGCUAUUCCUCCUGCCUCUGUUAAUGUGCCCAUGGUCAAUAUUAACAGGGUGCCACCCGCCUACCAGAACGAAAUCAAAUCGGUUGCGUGGAACCAGCACCAGCUUGCACAUCUGCAGCAAAUGUGUGGGGAUGCUGCUGGGCCUGCUGGACUCGCAGGGAAGCACCCUCAGAGAGAGAUUGCAGGGCAGAGUUUCCCUGGCAAAACUUCCAACUACCCUCAAGAACUGUGCAUGGGCCAGUCCUUCAGCUUGAAGCCCCCCAUCGAGAAGCCUACACCUUCUCCGCCUGUGAACGGGUUGCAGGGACCUUUGCCAUAUACCAAUGGGCACUAUUUCCAGCCCCUCUGGAAUAACAUUCUGCCCACGCCCAACAGUGACAGCUCUGGGUCCCAGGACCUCGCCAUGCCUUUCCACGGGGGACAGCCAGCGGGAGCGCCGCUGGAUUGUGCAGGAGGAACUCAUUUCAGAGCUGGAGCUGGCCCAUCCAGCCAGAAUAAUGUGAUGCAGACCAUGGAUUACCUAAGUGGGGACUUCCAGCAGUCCUGCUUCCGAGACCAGAGCAUGGCCGUGCUGGGAAAAGUCCAUCGGCCUCCCAUGAACCGAGCACCUGAAGCAACCGAUAGUCGAAAUCUUCAUAUUCAACACCCAGGGUAUAGAUAGGCUGCAGUCACUUUCACAGACAAAAAAAUUAUAGGUUUUAGUCUUAAUUUUAAUUAAUAAGCAAGGCGUUUUUAACUUGCAAACUUGUGUGAUCAUUAUAGUACCCAUUGGAAGAAGACAUACUGUAUAUUUAAAGAGCUUUGCUUACAUGUUAUCUCUCUCCUUUAUGCAUCAAAUAUUUAACAUGCCUUUUGUGUCAAAGAAUUUCAUUACACUACUUCACGCCACAGCUGUUUCCUCACUGCAGAGUUCCCCUUUGUGCAGCUUUUCUUUGCCUUCUGCUGAGCAGCUCCUCGCUGGACUGAGGUUGAGUUGCUGCAGGGUUUCGCAACCGCAUCUGUUCUCCAGCUCCGGCGAGAGCGAGGUAGCGUAGCUGCUUCCAUUUCCAUCUCAAUUUCCUCACAAGAU